UUCACGCGCAGAAGAAGAAAAGCGGAGUAAAAGAGGAAGAAAAUAAAAAGAGAAGAAGAAGAAGAAGAAGAAGAAGGCGAUAAAGACAGAGUUUUUGUCUUCACUGAGUCAAACAGUUGUUUCAGCUGUCAAACAAGAUCCACACAGCCAGGUGUGGUCAGACCACGCCCCCUCUGUGUACAGCAGAUGGAUCAAAGUAACGUGGCAGGAAAUCCUGAAUCCAUGUGUCCCUCUUCAAAUUCUGACAACAACAAGGAGACGCGACAAACAGCCAAGAAAGAUCAGCAGAGCACAGGAUCUGGCACUUCAUUUGGGCCCCAGAACCACCUUAGUCCAGCAGAAACCCAACCUCACCAGCAGGACACUAUGGCAAGAAAACCAGAAGAGUCCUCAGAUAAUUCUUCAUUAAUCACACUAGAUCCCGGAAGACCAGAUCCUCUUCCCACUGAGCUACAACAGCCGCAGGGAAAGUCUGUGAUGGAAGAACACGAAUCAGAAGCCUUAAAUCAACCAAGUCUAGGGAAACCAUCGUCUGUUAAACCAGAGUCAACAGAACCAGAUCCUCCUUUCUCAGACCAACGUGAUCAGAAAGACUCUCCUGCUACAGAAAAACAGCCUCCAAAAGACCUGCCAAAACCAGAUCACCAUUCUCCAACCAAACCAGAUUCACCAACACCAGAUCAAAAUCCUCUAACCAAACUAGAUCCAAUAAAACCAGAUCAAAAUCUUCUCACCAAGCCAGAUGCACCAAGACCAGAUCAACAUUCUCCGACCAAACCAGAUCAAAAUCCUCACACCAGACCAGAUGCACCAAGACCAGAUCAACAUUUGCACACUAAACCAGAUCCACUAAACCCUGAUCCUGUGUGUACAUUUCAGAACAAACCAGGGGAUACUUCCCCACAACAUAAACAAAACACAGACCUUUUUCAGGACCACCAGGAGUAUGAAAUCUACAUCUCUGAUUCUGAAGACCAACAGGAUCGAGAUCCAUCUCUUUUUGAAGACCAACACUACCAAGAUCCUGGUCCUCCUGAGGACCAAGACUCACCUCCUCUUGAAGACCAACAGAACCAAGACUCAUCGCCUCCUGAAGACCAACAGAACCAAGAUCCAUCGUCUAUUGAAGACCAACAAAAUCAAGAUUGUGUUCCUCUUAAAGACAAAAUAAAAACCCAUGAUUUGCCUUCUCCUGAAGACCAACAGGACCCAUCUCCUCUUGAAGACCAGCAGAACCAAGACCCACUACCUCCUGAAGACCAGCAGAACCAAGACCCACUACCUCCUGAAGACCAACAGAACCGAGACCCAUCUCCUGAAAACCAGCAGAACCAAGAUUCACCACCUUCUGAAGACCAACAGACCCCUUCUUCUCAGGUUUUGUGUUCCAUGAACGGUGCAACUGAAGUGUCCCUGACUCCACCCACAGCCACAGCCACGCCCCUGACCACUGAAGCCUUCUCUGACAAGGUGCAGCCUGUUCCUUGGCUUUCAUCUUCAGAUAAACCCAAACUGUGUGGCUUCCUGCAGAAGCAAGGGGGACCACUGCGGGUUUGGAAGCAGCGCUGGUUUACCUACGAGGAGAAGAAGAACCAGCUGUUCUACUACCGCACGCCGCAGGACGUGAUGCCACUCGGCCGCGUGGAGCUCAGCAGCGCCACCUUCACCUACCCACUGCGGGCAGAGACCGGAACGUUCCACAUCAAGACACCAGAACGCACAUUCAUUCUCAAGGCUGUGACUCAGGAGCUGAUGCUCUAUUGGCUGCAGCAGCUGCAGGUGAAACGCUGGCAACACAGACAGAUGACUUCCUGUCCAGAGAUUCCGUCGCUACCGUCGCUCACCAACAGCAGCAGCAACAACAAUACAGACGACUUCCUACCGGCGUUGAAAAGUCCUCUGGGUUUGGUCGGCGAGGAAGCAGCAAAUGCAUCAUCACAAGCAACUCUGCUCGCCAACAUGUCAAUCAAACAUCCCCUCAUCCAGCUGCAGAAUUCAGUCCACUUUCUCCGGAAGAGAUCGUCGCAUGAAUCCAGUCAGAGCGUUUUUCACGUAGAAACGCCAGCUCCCCCCAAAUCCAGCGCCUCCAGGACUCCUCUGGAAUCUCUGUCCCGUACAGUCCCACUGGCUGAUCCAGCGGUCGGCGGUGAGUCCCCAUCGUUGUCUGACAGUUGCAGAAGAAGGAUGAAGAACUGCAGUUCAUCUACGAUGCCAGUCCUCUGCAGAGACACUCUGUCCUCAACCUCAGAGCAGAUGUCUCGUGUCCAGCAGGAGAAAGAGAUGUUGAUAGAAGAGGUCAAAGCUCAAAAGGAGCUGGUCUGGAUCCUCCACAAAGCCUUGGAGGCGUCUCAGCUGGAGAAGCGAGCCUGUGCCGAGUUUUUGGCGGUGGAGGGCGAACAGAAACGCCUGGAGCUGCUGCGACACCGCGAGCGGCAGGCGGCUGAUUUACAACGUCGACUUGAGGAGGUGAAUACGGAGGCGGUGCUACUGAGGAGGAGUCUUGCUCAGAGAGAUGCUCUGGUGGCUGAGCUGCAGGAGCACAUCGAGAUGUUGACGGACAAAAACAACGCCAAGCAGGAGGUGAUCAUCAAGCUGUCUGAUCAGGUGACCGCUUGUUUGUCCAUUCCACCGCACUUGCCCUCAGGUGGGCUUCUGGACUCUGCGGCUGUCAGACGCCUUCAGCAGGAGAAUGGGAACUUGAAGGAUGACAUUGAGGCGUAUAAAACCCAGAACAGAUUCCUGAACUCAGAGAUUCAUCAGCUGACCAGACUGUGGCGGAAGAGCUCAGAGCAAGAGAAGUGUCUCAUGGUCAAGUGUGCAUACCUGGAGGCCAGGAACUGUCAGGGGGAGAGCCGUUACCUGGGUGUCCUCAGGAAGCUGCAAGAGACCAAGUCUCUGGAGCCAGUCCAGCUCCAGGCCGUCCACAAGUUGAUUGAGGAAGCACUGAAAGGAGAGCUGAAGGAGAGCUUCAUAAAGCUGAACACAACCAGAGAUCAUGAUGAAUAUGGAUUUAAAAUAGUCCCAGAUUACGAGAUUGAGGACAUGAAGCUGCUGGCAAAGAUCCAGGCAUUGGAGAUUCGCUCACACAACCUUCUGCAGCAGGACAGAAUGGAGCACCCCCUGCUGACACGCUGGGCUCAGUAUUUGGCAGGAAGGUCACGUGAUGAACUGUGUCCGUCUCCAGAGCUUAAGACUCUGCUGCGCUGUGGCGUCCCGCAGGAAUACCGUCAGCGGGUGUGGAGCUGGGUGGUUCGAACCCGGACCAGAACCAUCAGAGACUGCCACCCACAGCACUACCAACAGCUGUGUGACAGGAGUCAUGCAUGUCCUCACCCGGUGUCCAGACAGAUCCAGCUUGACCUUCACCGCACCCUCACAACCAAUCAGCACUUCUCGUCCCCCUCUAGUCCCGCCCUCCAGCAGCUGCGCCGCGUCUUAUUGGCCUUUUCCUGGCACAAUCCUGUGAUUGGCUACUGCCAGGGUCUCAACAGAUUAGCGGCGCUCGCUCUGCUCAUCCUCCAAAAUGAAGAAGAAUCUUUCUGGUGUCUCGUGGCCGUGGUCGAGUCCAUCAUGCCUCAGGAUUAUUAUACCAAGAACCUACUGUCCUCACAGGCAGACCAGCGGGUGUUGAAGGACUUCCUGGUGGACAAACUUCCUCGUCUCGCGUCUCACUUUGAUGAAUUCUCCAUCGAUGUCUCUCUCAUCACCUUUAACUGGUUUCUCGUGGUUUUUGUGGAAAAUCUCCCGAGUGACAUCCUGCUGCCACUGUGGGACGCUUUCCUGUACGAGGGCUCCAAGGUGAUGUUCAGGUACGCUCUGGCUCUGUUCAAAUACAAAGAGGACGACAUCCUGAAGAUCCACGACAGUGUUGAGAUCUAUCAGUAUCUGCGCUUCUUCACCAAGACCAUCUGUGACAGCAGGAGAUUGACCUCCAUCGCCUUCAACGACAUGAACCCGUUCCCCGGUCGACUCCUGAAGAACCGGAGAACUAUUCACCAGGAACGCCUGGAGGCGGAGCUUCGACAGCUGGAGGAGCAACAGAGGGAGUAUGUGAGAUCUGGACAUAUGACCACGAUGACCUCUGACCCCGACACCAUGGUCAGCGAGGACGACGAUGACCUCUGACUUCACAAUAAACAUGAUGAAGCCUCGUGUGACCUACAAACUGUCGUCAUGGUGACGAUGCUAACACAUAUAAACUAACAUGUACCACAGGAAAAAAACAUUCUGCUGUUGAGUGGAGUUUAAGCUCCGCCCCUUUUGAACCUGAUGAAGUAGUGAAUCUGUUUAGCCUCAGUUAGCUCCAUGCUAACUCUGAUCUUAGCUAAGCUGCUAGCUCAAACCCCAUGUUUUUUUUAAGUUGAUUUUCUGGAAAAUCAUUUGCAUAAACAUCUGUCUGCUGGGACUAGAACCCACAACCUCACAGACCAAGUCAUGUGAUCACCAACCACCAGGGGCCAAGCUUUUCACACAAAGACAAAUUGUCCAACAAAUAUAAUAUUAUUGAUAUUAUUUAAAACCAGAUUUGUGUCUGUAAUUGUUUUAAUUGGCUCAUCCUUUGACUGUAAAUGGUCACAUGACCCCACUCAGCCAAUCAUAGCAGUGAAUUCAGACGUUCACAUGGACUUGCACAGUGAAGAAUGAGGUGAACGUCAGUCACAGAUUUAGUCACUGGUUUGAAUCCUGGUUCAACCAAGGGUCUUUCUACAUGUGUGUGUGUUUGUUUAUCCUGUGACCUUUCCUACAUAUAUAAAAAACUAUUUCAUUAAAAUGUAUUUGUUUAAAUGUA